CAACUGAUCGGACACAAGCAGUGGGCCAAAGGAAGGGGAAGAGCGGGGAGCUGCGCCGUCCAGGAGGAGUGGAAAAUCAAAGUCGCACAGGGCGAGGAGGAGCGUGGAGAGGGAACGACAGAGAGGAGAAGAGCCUGGAAGAGUGGAGAAGAGAAGGAAAGUUGUAAAGAGCCAGAGAAAAGAAGUAAAGAGGAAUCAGGAGGGGCCCCACGUCUCUCAAAGAGUACGGUCUGCCGGAUCGAGUUUACUAUCCAGAUGCACUUCCAAAAGAAGUCCGUGUGUAUUCGGGCGGGCGCACAGAGCCGUCGUUAUCCAGUUCAUUCACAUGUGUCCCAGCUGCCGCGCUUUCUCAUCCCAACUGACAACAGCGCCCUGGUCAGCUAUCUGAGACCGGCUCUAAUAUCACAGAGCCCCAGGCCAGAUCCAGAUUAA